AUGGGUAUGCGUGAUUUUGACUUUCCCGACCUCAAUGAACUGGACUCUUUACACCUGGAAGACUACCAGCUACUACAAGAAUCUAACUCGAACAAGAACUUGAAGCUGUUAUCGUCCGCGAACGUCUGCAAUCAAAACAUCUACAACAGCAACAGCAGCGGCAACAACUACACUUUUAUAAAUAACAACAACAAUAAUCAUAUUUUUACGCAAAAUAACAACAACAAUAGUAAUAACAACCAUAAUAACCAUAGCCAUAGUAAUAACCCUAGCAGCCAGGGUAAUAUCAACUACUUUAGUAACUUCAAAAGCUACAAUGAUCAACUGGAUGAUAAUAAAUUUCAACCGCUCAGCUCAACGAACCAUCAGACGGCAACGUCCAACUCAAAAACCGACUAUCCGAAACCGUUUAAUGGUGAUGAGGACAAAAUAUCGGGCAUUUCUACUUUUAAAAACUCGAAUGCAUUCAUCGUCGAUAAUUUCCGUAAUGAUUUAGCGCAAGUACCGGCGAUUACUAACUUUAUCGAUAGCGACAGUAUCGAAUUCCCGACUCUCAAUCAGGUUGUCGGUGAUUUGGUGGACGAUAGCAGCAUCGAUACACAUCUCUGUCAGCUCCUAAAUGACGAGAGCCACGAUUACAAAGAAGCUAUUCAUGACGUCAUCGGUGACGUAAUAAUCGAUGUCUCUACGAACCGAGGUGGCGUGGAUGGUUCGAAAGUGUGUGAGGAUGUCGGGCUGAAUGAUUUGCUGCAUUUGUGCAAUCAGGAAGAGCAGUUUAGUAAUUUUCAUGGAGGUGAGAACAGCAUCGACCAUCUUGAAAAUUUGCUGGACGAAUCCAGCCAUCGCCAGUUCCAUAUUGACGGCACCGGUUGUUUCGAUAUCGAGGAGACCAGAGAUCACUAUCGCCAGCAGCAGCAACAUUUUCAGAAACAUCUUUUCUAUCAAAAUCAUCAAGAGCAUCAUCUUUGUGAGCAGCCACAACAGAACUAUCAGAUCAUCUCGACUUUUCAUCAACCCCAUCUUAUCAGCGGUACUGCACAAAACCCAAAUAGCAUUGAACACCACAUUGAAGUAACCGGCAACCACACUGACGACAAUCACAUCAUCAACGCCAGUAAAGAGUGUCUAAAUGAUUUCCAAGGCGACAGUGCAUUUCAAAGUUUCUCCGAUCAGAUCGACCUAACCACUGACCUAAUAUUCGAUUCGAUAUUUUACAAUGCCCACCAACACGAGUCCAGCACCAACUCGCCAAUACCGACACCGACUCAAGACAUCCUUCCCUCUGCAGCAGUUUCGCCAAUGUGCGGCGUGAACAUCGAGUUAGCAACGUCAACAGCCGAGGCAGAAAAUGAUUCGAAAUUGAAAAGUGAAAAAAGUUUUUUCAAAUUGUCCGACACUAGAUCAUCAAGAAACCAAAAACGUUCGAUCGAUGAAAACAUGGAAGGCGUUAUGAUGUACAAAGACCAGACCAACAUCAACACCAUCAACAACAACAGUGGAUAUAACAGCAGCCACAGCAACUACAUCGUCGGCAACAUGGAUGACGAGACAGUCAACGUGUCAUCGAGUGAAAGUCGCAGGAAAAAAUGGUCUAAAGAGCGAUACAACACCAGAAGAAAUAGCAACAAUAGUGGUGUAGUGACGGGCAGCAACAUCAUGACAACCACUGCAGUUAACGACAGCGCCAACAACAGCAGAAGUAGCAGUAGAGGCGGAGUUAGAACUGAGGAAUCAAAAGAAAAUUUUAAAUUUGAGCUAGGUGCACAAAUCUUUCAGAACAAUGAUGCCAUGAGCCUGUUCAACGCCGUUAAUAAUAAUAACUCAGAUAAAAUAGUUUGCAAUAAAGCCAGAAACUAUCCAAACAGCAGCAGCAACAACAACAACAAUUAUAGUAACAAUGGCGAUGACAAGCCUGUCGGUAACGAGAGUUCUUUUGAAAAACCGGUUCUAAGAAAAGUUAGGAAGAAAAUUAGCGAGUGUGAGUCGAGUUGGAAUGCGAAUAUCGUCGAGAAAAUACCUAGGCAUAAGAGACCAUCUCACAUAAAUGCAGAACAACGGCGUAGGAGUAAAAUCCAGAAUUUUUUAGAUGAGUUAGUCCUUUUGUUGCCAACAACAAUGUCUACAUCGUCGUCGUCGUCAUCUUUAUCGCACUAUCACCAUUUCCCUACACACAGCAAAAAGUCUAAAGCCUCUGUCUUAUUUAAAACUGUCGACAGAGUCAACCAGAUGAAGCUGGAGCAUAAGGAUUUGAGUGAACAGACUGAGAUGCUAAAAAGAGAAAUUAAACAACUUAGAAAAGACAUCAAGGAGCAACAAUCUAAACUGCCUGAAACCGGUCUUCCUUCCAGUUCAUCAUUGUCUUCGUCAUUUUCUUCAUCAUCUUCACCAUUUUCAUCAUCAUAUUCUUCAUCAUCGUCUUCGUCGUCUUCCUCAUCGUCGUCCCCAUCAAUGGAAAGUUUAUUGGACUGCUACAUUCAGACCAACACGUUGAAAAAUUGGAAAUUCUGGAUCUUUAGUCAGUUUGUUAGGCCAUUGUUUAAGACUUAUCUACAGUCAGUCAGAACCAGUGAAACCAACGUUGAAUUCAACCUUUCAGUCUUGCAAUGGUCGCAUGAACAAUGUAAAAUGGCCUUGCUCAGAGAAGAAAUAACCUCGGCUCUGUUGGAUGUUUCAACUCGAACCUCAAUAGUGGAUGACCCGCUGAAACUACCUAUGGAAUCUAUAAACGAAUUCAUGAAAGAUGCCGGUAUUCUAGGAUUCGAAAUACAACCGUUUAAAAAGGGACAUAAUAGGUGAUGAGUAGAGUUUUUUUUAUCAUCGACUGUAAUCAAGUAUUCGAGAAAGUAUCGGUUUUUGAAAAAUUUUGUAUUUAUGUAUAUAUUCGUACGUUAGUUGAAUAGAAUAAGUUGAAGUUGUACAUAUAAUGUCGACAAUUUUUUUCCUCCUAAUCACUUGAAUGGGAUUUUAAUUUUUAAAUAUAAAACCUCAAAUUUUGACUGAAUAAUUAAAUGAAAAUAUUUUUUCCAUCGACGCAUUAUAUUUUAUUAUUUCUGCUAUUGUAAAAUGAGUUAUUUAACAUGUUGUGCACGUAUUCUUGAUCAUAAAUAUACACUUAUGUUAGUAUGAUUUCUUUUUAUAAUCUUCAA